AUGGAGAGAGACAAUCUCACAGCGGUGAGUGAAUUCAUCCUGAUGGGCGUGACUGAUCACCAUGAGCUGCAGGUUCCAUUGUUUGUGCUCUUCCUCAUCAUCUACCUAAGCUCAACAGUGGGCAACUUAGGCAUGAUUAUUCUUACCAAAGUGGACUCCAAGCUACAGACCCCAAUGUACUUUUUUCUCAGACACCUGGCUAUUACAGAUCUCGGUUAUUCUACAGUUGUGGGACCAAAAAUGUUGGCAAAUUUCCUUGUAGAUCAAAACAUCAUAUCCUAUAAUUUAUGUGCCACACAGCUGGCAUUCUUUCUGGUGUUCAUUGCUUGUGAACUCUUUCUUCUUUCUGCCAUGUCUUAUGAUCGCUAUGUAGCCAUAUGUAGCCCAUUGCUUUACACGGUUAUCAUGUCACAAAGGAUAUGUCAAGUGCUUGUGGCGAUUCCUUACCUCUAUAGUACAUUUGUGUCUUUGCUUGUCACCACAAAAAUAUUUACCUUGUCCUUCUGUGGCUACAAUGUCAUCAAUCAUUUCUUCUGUGACAGUAUGCCCUUGCUACCAUUAAUCUGCUCAAAUACCCAUGAGAUUGAAGUGAUCAUUUUAAUCUUAGCAGCUCUUAACUUACUUUCAUCUCUUUCGAUAGUUCUUGUGUCCUAUUUGCUUAUCCUCAGAGCCAUUCUCAGAAUGAAAUCUGCUGAAGGAAGGCUCAAGGCUUUCUCUACCUGUGGAUCCCAUCUGACAGUUGUCAUCGUUUUUUACGGGACAUUGAUAUUUAUGUAUGUGCAGCCCAAGUCCAGUCAUUCCUUUGACACUGAUAAAUUGGCUUCUGUCUUUUACACCAUGGUCAUCCCCAUGUUGAAUCCAUUGAUCUAUAGCUUGAGGAACAAAGAUGUAAAAUAUGCUCUCCAAAGAACAUGGAAAAGAUUACGCAAAGUUUUUCUUAAAGCUUACAUAAAGUAG